AGAAAACGGAGAGCCAAAGGAGUGCAACCCGCCAACUCGGCAGUUUACAUGGAUAUGCCUGUGGAGGUUUUCAACUCUACAUAUGCCUUACCCAAAGACCCUUUCCUCAGAAAACAGCACCUAGAGGACCUUGUGACAAAGAUCCAUGGCUCCUUCAGUUUUAUGCAGGACUCUCUUCUAGAGGGUGAGAUCUCUCCAAUCAAUGUCCACCAAAAACUGAAGCGGAGGUCAUCUAAAUCUCCAUCCCCUUUAGGACAUGCUGACUUAGGAAGUCCAGUUGAUGUCCUGCCAAAAGCAAUGCAUUCCACCCCACUGCCUACCAGGCUUAUUGAGCGCAGAGCCAGUAAGACUAAUGGGGAUCAGUGCUUGGAGACCAGUGCACUAAAAGUUCCUUCAAUGGACUUGCCUCAUGAGCCGCGGCAGCUGGCUGAAAGAAAGGGGUUUCCUUCACCUCCGCUGUACCGCAGGGAGGCCACCAUUCCUGUCAGCCUGGAGAAGAGCUGCGCUUAUACUCCAGAGUCAAAGAAGCAUCCCCCCCGCAGUAGGGUUGAGUUGUGCACUGGCAACCUUCCUCAGGGAAGGACUUUCUCCACACCUCCCUCCAGACGAACUCUGACUUCUUCACAAUUUCAGAACAUCCAGCAGGUUAGUUUCACCAAAGCAUACUUCAUUUAUCUUUUGGGCAAAAUCAAU